AUGUCCUAUAACAAUCGCAGUAGGGUACCUUGCAAAUAUUUCCAACAAGGCAAGUGUAACAAAGGCAAUAGCUGUAAAUUUGCCCAUGUUUACACGAACGCUAAUGGUGAUACCAACAACUUGUCAAAUGGGGAGCGCUACCGAUCUUUCAUAAACGCAAAUAGUUUGGUUAAAUUGUCACAGGAGAUAAAAGACGAUAUUGACGCAGCACCAUCAAUGCAGUCAAGACCCUUGAUGUCUUCAUACAGUUUAGCUAAUCCGUGCUCCUCUAAUUUAAUUAGUGGGCGAGAUCUAUCACCCGAAGAAUGUCGUUUCCAAUAUAUGAAGGCCUGUCAAGAAAACCAACUACCUGCAUAUGAGGCUCAGAUGAGAGCUAGGGAUGCAGAUUUGCGAAUGUGUCUUGACGUUAUCAAAAAAGAUCCAAGGAAAGCUGCCCGCUACCUGCAGCUUGCGACUCAGAAAAAAAAGGAGACGGGAAACUCAGGAAUGAAAGACUUUAUUGAGCAGCCAUUGGAUUUGACUGGUGCCGCAUACAAAAACACCGUCAGCACUUUCGGAAUGAACCCCAUAAAUCAAAAUGCUUUCGCUUCCAAUAUUCUUCAGUCUAGUCCUUUUGGAACGCAAAGCAACAGUGCUUUUACCGCCCCCUCGACAUCGAAUCAAAUGUUUGGAAGCUCAGGUUUUGCUUCCAGCGGUACUUCUGCUCCCUCUGCCUCCAUCUCGAAUACGGGUAGCGCAUUUGGUCACCCCCAAUUUGGCGCGUCUCCCUUCGGGACAGGUUUCAGGCAGGCCGCCUCUAACAGCGGCGUGCCACAGACCUUUACUAACUCAGCUUUUGCGGGCUCCACUGGGGCUUUUGGCAAACCGUCUUUUGGAGCGGGCUCAUCGACGGCAAUCUCGCCAUUCGCCAGUGUUGGCUCUACGGCAAACGGUAUAUCAACGAAUUCGCCAUUCGGACAAAGUAACUUUUCUAAGGGCGAUAACCCCUCACCAUUCGGCGCCGUUACACGACCUGCCGAUAAAAGUAAUGCAUCCACCCUUUUCGGUUCGUCGCCAUUCUCGGGAUUGGGUUUGAAGGCGGAAACAAAUACAGAGACGUUCGGUACCUCAACGCAACCCCUUUCUUCUCCUUUCACUCAAAAGCCCAACGCCAGGAGCCCCUUUGGAACUCUCGAUUCAUUUGGGGCCCAAGCAACCACACAGACGGAUGGUUCAACAAACGUUCCUUCACCUUUUAGUACUGCUUCAGCUCCUGCGCAGAACGUUACUUUGGGCUGGCCAACAAAUGGGCAAGCAACUUCUGGUUUUGCUGGUUCGCAGACGACGAAUGCGAUUGAAACUCUCAACCAAGGUAUUUCGCUCAAAAUGCUGGAGGAAAGGGAUCUGCCACCCGAAGUCAUUGCUGAGUUCAGAAACCAAAGGUUUAUUUUAGGGAAGGUCCCUGACGUUCCACCACCUCAGACGCUCAUAACUUAA